CAGUGUGCUGUUUCAACCACUAGAUGUCGCUGACAGCGUUUUAGUACAAUGCUCGCUCUAGCAUUAAGGACUGUUUAAAGUAACUUGGAGUAAAAAAAAAAAAAAAACUAAUUAAUUCAACAUUAUAGUCUGUUUUUAAUCAAAGAAGAACAUGAGUGAAUGAUCAUUUGACGUAUUAGUAUACAAGUCUCUACAAUUUGCAACUGUUUGUACACCGAAAAGGAAGGAAAUACAUUAUAUACAUUAAAAAUGCCCAGAUAUAUUUAGCUAGAAAUGUCACUAGUUGCAUUUUUUUUAAAUAUCCAAUUGUGUUGUGCUAGUUUAUAGUACAGGCUCCUAUUUAGCUUUAUUUAAUAUUUACUCAUGUUUCUUUGUCACAUUUACCCUAAAUAACUAAAAUGAGUGAUUCUCUACAAGCUCCUGUUCCUGAGUUAUGUGAGAGAGCAGAAGCAUCAUGAUGGGAGCGUUUGAGAUGCUUAAUGUUCUGUGUUUACGUGCAGAUGGCAGUGUCCGGGAAAAUGGCGUCGUUUCGUCUGCCUCCUUUACCAACCAUCGGCGAAAUCAUCAAACUGUAUAACCUGAGAGCUCAGAAGCAGCUAUCACAGAACUUCCUCUUGGACUUGAGACUCACAGAUAAAAUCAUCCGGCAGGCUGGGAACCUGAGGAAUGCGUGCGUGUGUGAGGUAGGACCCGGGCCUGGAGGACUCACCAGAUCCAUCCUGAACGCCGGUGCAGCUGAUCUCCUGGUUGUAGAGAAGGAUUCGCGCUUCAUACCUGGAUUACAGCUGUUAUCCGAGGCGGCUCCGGGGCGAGUCCGAAUCGUCCACGGUGAUGUCCUGGCGUUCGGGAUGAGCACGGCGUUCCCAGCACACACCGCUAAGAGAUGGGAAGACGAGCCUCCCGAUCUUCACAUCAUCGGGAAUCUUCCCUUCAGCGUCUCCACUCCGCUCGUCAUUAAGUGGUUGGAGGAGAUGGCCGACAGGAGCGGGCCAUUCGUGUACGGACGCACGAGACUCACGCUGACCUUCCAGAAAGAGGUGGCCGAGAGGUUAACAGCGAGCACCGGAAGCAGACAGCGCAGUCGUCUGUCCGUCAUGGCGCAGUACUUGAGCACCGUGAACAACUGCUUCACCAUCCCCGGCCGAGCGUUCGUCCCCAAACCUGACGUGGACGUGGGGGUGGUACACUUCACUCCUCUGGUUAAGCCACACAUCCAGCAGCCCUUUAAGCUGGUGGAGAAAGUGGUCAGGAACGUCUUUCAGUUCCGCAGGAAGCACUGCUACAAAGGACUCGAGAUGUUGUUUCCCGAAUCUCAGAGACUCGGGAUGACCGAGGAGCUUCUCCGGCGUGCCGACGUGGACCCGACUCUCCGUCCCGCCGACAUCUCCAUCAGCCAGUUCAGAGCUCUGGCGGACUCCUACAGCAGGCUGUGUAGAGCAAACCACACGCUGUUCAGCUACGACUUCAGAGAAGAGCUGAGGCAGAAACGUCAGCGCCACAGUCAGACAAAGAGAGAGAGACGCUAACGGCUGGACGCGUUUACGCUGCGGUUCAGCCGUGAACCUUUCACACCUUUCCGUUUCAGUGUAGAUGAAACAAUGGCCUGGAGGUAAGGCGGCGUAGUUUAAUUUUAUAUAGACGUGAAGGACGUGUGCGAUAUUUAGUCGUGAUCCUCGGUGCAACCGCUCAAAGUCCUCCGUGAACCGAUUCAGACGUUGAAAAUAAUUUAUUCCUGUAGUUAUCCAGGCCAUUUCUCUUUCUCCGAGCUGUUCAGAAGCGAGUUUAGACUUUGACUGUGAAUCGCUGUCAUAUAACAAAGUGACAGCACAAAGCAGAGGAAAAUGUUUCUCUAGCGGCGACGUUGGAGAGAAAGCUUCCAAGACUUCAGAGCGUGCUGCGUCGUGUGAAUAGUAAAUAAAUGCAUGCAUGAUUGACGGCAGAGUUUCACUGUUAGAGAAGCAGAACACUUAUGAAAAUUGGGUGUAAAUAUAGAAAUCUUUCAAUAAGAAAAAAAGCUGUUCCUCAAAAUCUGCUGCUGGAGAGCCAUUUCUCUCUGCGCUUUGGUAGCGCUAAGGAAAUGUCUAUACCUUUCAGUAUACGAUGUCAUCGUAUCAUAACCCUAUUAGCUAGUAAAAGCACCCAGUCCCAUGUUUAUUUAUUUGCGACAAGACCGUGUGUUAAAGGUAAAAGAUUUUAUUACUCGAGUGGAAAAUGGUCCAGGGAUUCAGAACGAGCAUCUCGCUCACACACCGAAGAGUAGUAAGGUUUUUCAGGAGGUUGGAGUAUAUAAAUUAAUAAUUGACCAUUUUUCCUAAUGUACGUUGGAAGGUAUUGACGCGUGAUGGUACUGAAAAUCAGGACGUUAACCAGCCGACGACUCCAUCAGACUCGGAC